GUAAGUCGAUUAACCAUGCCAUCACUAUUUUACACCUGUUUUUUGUGGAAUAGCGAGAUCCGUGAUAACAAAUUGCAAACAACAUUUUGCAUUUAAAUGCAGUAAACACAUUUACGUCGUGACAUUUACCAAAUGUUCUUUGUCAAACACAAAUCAAUUACUGCAAAUGGAUAUAUAUAAAUAAUUGCAAAAUGGAAACCCAGCUGGAAAUAGUUACAAACUUGAAGCGCAUUUUCGAAUGUUUUCUCGAUGUGAAUUUCGUCACAACGAAUAAUGUUUACUUUGAAAAACUCAUAUCGCACUUAGCUGCCAAAGAUAACGCUUACCUACUGCAGGCGCCGUUUGCGUUGGAAUAUGUUGAUCGCAGCAUAAACAUUAUAUAUGAGGAUAUAAGCAAGUUGAAUCCUAAAGUAAUUUCAUUUGUUUUCAAUUUUUUUGGUUUACUUACUACCAACGAAUGGACCGUCAUUGAAAUAAGGGAGCGGCGACUAAUGGACAAAAUACUAACCAUAGUGAAGCGUGAUUCGCACUUUUUCAAUCCAUCUAUCAAAUUAGGGAUUAUUCGGCUACUGCAAGCAGUAUCUAAAUACAGCAUUGGUUUAGGUUAUUUACGUUCCAUGAAAGUAUGGCAGUUUCUUAUAGAAUAUUGUAAUCAAGAUCACACAUUGUAUGUGGUGCGUGAAGCGCGUCACUUGCUGUACGAGAUGCUCUAUAAAUUCGAUGUAAAAACGAAGGAUGCUGAUGUGGUUAAAGAAAUUUUGAAGGAGAUCUUUAAACCUGUCAACGAGAAUGUAUUUGAUAAUCAUAAUGAGAACAUCGUAAUUUCUGUUGAUGAUCAUGAAUUGCAACAUAAGCUUUCCUCAACAUUGGAACUAAUCUCGUUCAUACUACAACAAACGCUCGAAUCAGAAGAGAAAACUAACAUUGCAAACUACUGCAAGACAGAGUACGACAUUGAAAUCACGCUUUGGAAGCUAACCGAAAUGUCUCAUAAUGAACAUUUUUUAUGUAAAAUAUUGGCAGUGUUAUCAUCGUACUAUUUUGCAAUAUUGUUAUAUGAUAAAUGCAAUGGGGAUCAGAUUUCUCCGGAUAGUUUCAAUGAGCUCGGCGUUGCGAUAUUCAAUCAAAUGAAAUUUUGCGUUUCGAAAGAGUACUGUGUAAGCUUUCUGAAAAUAGCCGAAAUCAAUCAUAAAUUGUGGAAAAAGCUAGGUACUCGGGUUCCUAAAGAGGUUUUCAUCGAAAAUGAGUCUGUACGUUUCGAAAAUCAACUAAUCUCAUUUCAAUUGAUGCCACUGUAUUCGCUUAUACAUUCACACGAGUUAGUCGAAGAAGAAAUCUUUGAAAAGUAUUUAUCAAAGGUAUUCGAAAUAAUAUGUGAAUUAACACUUCGCAUCGGUUACGCCUUUCGCGACGUGCUUUUCAACAUGUCAUCGCCAAUGAUUGCAGAUUUAGCUUUAAAAGCAAUUUAUGGGAUUAUGUCAGUGGUAGACAAAUUGGAACGAGAUCAGGCUGUGCUUGCGUUUCAAGCCUGUAUAUAUGCACUGAAACAGUUUAUGAUGUCGGUAUAUCCGAGUAUUUUGGACCAUCAAGAAGAGGAGUGCCCUUACACAUUGAAAGACAUACCAAGCUUUUCACUUAUCGCAGAGUUUACCAGUGUUGUGCACGCUAUUUUAGUAUCAAUGCAAACGUUAAUUGAACGAUUUAAAAUCACGUGGAAAGACUCGAUUGAGACUAUUUGUUUGGUCAAUUGUUUACUGUAUCUGCUUCAGGUUGAUGAUUUACCCACUAAGGUUACCGUUCAAUCGCUUAAAUUGCUACAAGUUUCAAUAGAACAUUACCUCUCCCCGAAUAUGGCGCUGCUUGUAGAUAACCUCCAAGGUUCUAGCUUGAUUAUAAUGGGCCCUGUUAUCAUGAAACGCAGCCAUGAUUCCGCCUGGGAGGUGCGGGAUAGCAUUUUAGAGCUUGUUAUCUCAAUUGCAGACAUAUCUCGUUUGAAAUAUCCUGCCUUUCAAAAAAUCUUAGCCGAAAAUUGGAUGUGCCGGGUUGUAUACGAUAUGGCUAAACAUGAUGCGGAACCUUAUGUGCGCGCUUCUGCACUAAAAUGUAUCGCCGAGCUUGUAGCUAUUAAUGGGAUAUGGGAGAUGGAUUUAAGUAAACAGAAUGUACCAGAUCAUUUAUUUGACGUGCUCUAUAAUGAUCCAGAAGGAAUCGUUCGCAAAGAAGCUUUACACACUCUUACCAGGUUAAAUGAAUUGCGCAAAAUACCCAGUCGUUAUAGGGAUACUUUUUAUUCGACCCUUUCUUAUUGCGUUCUUAAUGACUUGCAUUGGGAGGUAAAAGUCGAAGCCUUAAAAUGCUGGAAAAGUGAAAUCCACAACAUGUUGAGUGAUGAGGGUAUGAUCGAUGGUACCUUUCCAACAGUGACCUUCUCUAAAGAGAAAAGGAAAAUUGUUCAAUUGAAUGAAAAAGAAAUUCGUUUACGAUUUUCCAAAAUACUUAACGAUCUUUCACAUCGUGGCUUCUUCGCUGUUAUACUGAAGUGCCUAAGUGAGGACUGCGAUGUGGCAGUAAUCCGGGUAGCUAAAGUCCUUGUUAAAAAAAUGUUAGGCAAACUGAAGGAGUAUGAUUAUGACGCUUUAGCAGAAACGGAAGUAUCAACGAGUAAUCGAAGUAACCAGAAAAAUUUGGGCAAUAACAGCAAAGUAUCUACAUCGCCACCAGCGUCAAAGUCAAAUAUUAAAGACGAUCUAUCAAUGCAAGAUGGCCCAAUGCUUGAAAAUGCUGUUCCUUCAUCAUUAAAAAUGGAAAAUAAUAUUAAAGACUUCGUAAGUGGUAAUCCUGAAACCUUAGAAUUUCUCGAUACUGAUGAGAUUAUCGAAUCCAUACUCGAUGCAAAAGACAUAAAUUUGUUGGCGGAGGUAUAUGAGCAAAAAAUGCAAAUACAGGGGGAAUCUGAGCCUACAGCGUCAAGUCAAUUGUGUGCAGAUAAUGAACGACGACUCAUCCAUCCAUUCUAUUAUCGGCGAUUUGAGAAUGUUAGUGCCAAGGAGUUCUUCGCAACAAUUAAAUGCUCUGAUUUCGAGGAGAGAGAUUGUAAACAGGAUGAGUGGUUUUUGUGCGAUGAAAAUCUCGCCUCCCUCUUGGAUGACAUUUUAUGCGUUAUUAAACCCGAGCCGGAAUCUGAAACAAUUUCGGCUGAUUGCUAUUGAUCUAGGGGAAAAUACAAAAGCUCAAAGUUUUUCAUACUU